CAAUGUCCACUUUGUUUUGUUUGUUCUCAACAAUUUGGCUGAUAUGUUUUUGCGUUGGAUAUAGAUUCCGAAAAUGAACCAAAACAACGUGGCGCAGUACGGUAGAGGUAAGAAGAUUCCUGCAUCUGGAAAAAGAUCCCGAAAUAUUUUGGAGAAGGAAAAUGAACCUGGAACUAAAAAAAAAGGUAAGAUUGCAUUGCAUUGUUUACAUGUGCGAUUGUUAAAUGUAUGCAAUUAUUUUCAGCGUGCAAUAUAGUCCAACCGAAGUCAAGCCGACCAAUUGCAGAUUUUAAAACCGUCAUCAAACCGUCAAAGACAAAAACGGAAACCAUUGGUAAGACAAUAUUUGUAGGAGUGAUUUCAUUAAUUAACGUGUAGCAUUUUCAGUGAAAGAAGAAGUUGUUUCCGAUAAAAGCACAACGAAGGAUACGAUCCAAGCAGCAAGCACCUCGUCAUCGUCAUAUCCCAAAACGGAAAACAAAAAAAAGGCACCCACUAAUGAAAAUGGUAAGGAACAAGGAAAUAAAUCUGAGGAAAUUGUUGGCGGAGGACCAAAAUGCAACGAAUAGUUGUUAUCGGCACCGUAUAUAGAACAAACUAUGACGAACAUGAUUGUAACCCGACAACAAUGAUUAGGGUCGACACCAACUCGAUACAUCCACGGGUCAGAUUUGAUUCCAACUCAAAAUAAGCGCACCCGCUGCACUUCACGGGUUGGAAUCGAUUCCGUUUGGAUCACAUCCAAGGAUUGUGAAAUGAAACGUAUGACUCACCACUAGCAUAUAAUCAUUGCAAACAUGUUCGUAACUCACCAUCAAAAUUUUAACACAGGAAUAUCAAACAAAUUUCCAGUUUUAUUAGCUCCCCCAACCGCCGACGUGCAAGCAUUAAUGUCAUACUUAACGAAGUGUCCCUGGCGAUCAUCAAUGAAUCCUAAACAAGAACAAGAAACUCCAGUUUGUUCAACACACAAACAAAAUCAACUAGAACCUCAACAAGAAAAUGAGCAACAACAACAACAGAAAGAGAAACAACAACAACAACAGAAAGAGAAACGACAACAACAACAGAAAGAGGCACAACAACAACAAGAUCUCCAAAAAAUUAGCCAUGAAAAAUUUCAAACAGUAUUGGUAGAAACAAAAUUUGAAGAACAAUACCAACAAGAUCCAACAACAAAUGUUUCCACAUCAAAUGUCUCCAUGACAGGGUCACAUCUUCAGUAUUUGCCACGUUCUAGAUGCAAUUCAUUAGAUGAUUAUCUUUACAACCAUUCAUUCGAUGAAACCCUAUCCAUACCGAUCAAUACCUACAACAACCUCAACUACGACUGCAACUACAUCAGCCAAUCAGAAAAGCAAAAAAACAAAUUCAACAUUAGAGCGCAAAUUGGACAUUUUAAAUACCAAAUUAGAUUACAUAAUAGAUGUAUUACACGAAAAAUCAGGACAUAG